CUACGGGCUCUCAUUGGCAGUUGCCGCAGACACAGCCCAGCCUCUCUGUUUUUCUCAUCUUGUCUUCUGCGGGCGGAGCUCGGCUCUUGCUUUCCAAUGGAAUUCAACGGUUGUCUAAAGCUCAGAGAAGCGUGUUGCAGAAAAAGAGAGUCUGUCUGAGGACAGAUGUGCGCGGCCCUUCUGCAAAGCAACCCGGAGCAGCAACGCAACCCGCAGCCUAAGGAUCUGAACCAGCUUUAACAUGUGGCAGCCCGCCAGCGAGCGAUUGCAGCACUUCCAAACAAUGCUGAAGACCAAAUUGAAUGUUUUAGCAUUGAGGAAAGAUCCUCUCCCUGCAGUGAUAUUUCAUGAACCAGAAGCUAUCGAACUCUGUUCUACCACACCAUUGAUGAAAAACCGGACUCACUCAGGCUGCAAGGUCACAUAUUUAGGCAAAGUGACAACAAAAGGCACACAGUUUUUGUCAGGAUGCACAGAGUCAGCUGUUAUUGGCCUGUGGGAGAAACGAGCAUUGACUCAAGAUGAUGUCACACCAGCAAAUGCCAUUUUGGAGAUUCGACCAUUUCAGGUCCGGUUGCACCAUCUGGACAGCAGGGGAGAGACAACGGUCCACAUGGACACUUACCAGGUGGCACGUAUUGCAUACUGCACAGCAGAUCAUAAUGUCAGCCCUAACAUCUUUGCCUGGAUUUAUCGUGAAAUUAAUGAUGACUUAACCUACCAAAUGGACUGUCAUGCUGUUGAGUGUGAAAGCAAACUGGAGGCCAAGAAGCUGGCUCAUGCAAUGAUGGAAGCUUUCAAGAAGACCUUUAAUAGCAUGAAGAGUGAUGGCAGGAUCCACAAAAGCAGCUCAUCAGAUGAAUUCCCUCAAGAGUAUGCUGCAGAUGAUGGCUGAAUAAGUACAUAAAUAAGACGGCAACAGAUCAUAUACCAUGGUGGAAAGAGUGAAGGAGACAAGAAGGGAUUCAUUUUGGGGAAAGGGAAAAAAAAACUGCCUCUUUCAUGGUUGACUGCUUUUUCAAAUCAAAAGAGCAAUUCAGUACCUAAAGAUAUGCUUCAUUAAAGUAAUUAUGUUCCUGUUUCAAAGCUAUUGCUGCGACAGUGUUGCAAAUGUAAGAAUAAGCUUUUUUUCUGUGAAGCUUGACGGAUCUUGGGCUCAUCCCUUACUCUAAUUUGCUUCUUCCAAUUUGCCUAAUGAAAUCUAUCAAGCUUUUGUACAGAGUCUGUGGAGCCAGCCUUGGCUUUUGCAAUAAAACAAAGCUGAUAUUCAAGAGCCAGAGAACAGGGAAGACAUUUUGAACGGGCAUUAAAGUGACAGUAUUUUUCAUCAUAAGCUGCUCUAGCCCUUUCAGACACCAGGACAAAUACUUCUACUAUUCCAAAUAUGCUGUAAUUUUGUUUAAAAGCUUGAAUUUAACUCAGAAAAAAUAUGCUUUUAGUUCAUUUUCUUCAUUUCGGCUGAUGUGUUUUUAUUUCUCCAGCAGAAAGGUAAAAAUUUAGCAGCAGUUCAGUAGAAAUACUGUAUUUCUGAAAGAUGUAUGUAGUUAGUUUUGAUUUGCUUAAAGAAGAACAGCAGGUUUUCCAGAUCAGUUAUUUAUGAAAAUAAUAUUGAAGGCAUUUAUUUUAAAACAUACGUGUAAGAAAAUAUUUGUAUCUUUAAAAGUACUGAAACCUAUUUUUAAAAUGUCAUUGUUUAUUAUGAAGACUACAUUUUGGAACAUUAAUUCUGAAAACAGGAACUUGAAAGUAGUCAGAGAGCAUAAUCCUUUGUAUGUGCUCAACAUUUUCCUUUGAGAUGGCCAGCAAUCAGUUUCUUUGCAAUUUAAAAUGUACUUUGACUAGUUCUAUGAUAAAUAAUACACAAGCAAACACGUUUUUUAAAUAUUUUAAAUGGUUAUCUUUUAAAUAAGCCGACUGCUCAGUUUAUAAGUUUUGAAAUAUUCUUGUUUCAGCCAUUUAAAAGGAUUAAUUAUUUUUGCUUAUGAGAUGGUAUAUAUUUUCAGGGCUAAUCAAAUUAAAGAAUUUUUGGUUUCAAUUUUGAGCUGGUCAGUUCAGAUUCUCAUCUUUUUCUCCACUUAUAUUUAAUUGUUUCCUUCGCUUAAUACUUUGAUUAAAAAAACAGAGACAGCUUGUACUUAUUAGUAUACAAAUAAAUGCACAUAUCUGGAAAUGUUGUCACAGUUUUGUGACUCUAGGGUGCACUGUGACUAGAUAGCACACUGCCAUUAAAAAGUAGAAACCUUCAGGAUUUUGAAACAGCAAUUCGGCUGAAAACAAUUUUGAGUCAUUUUCCAGAUGUUUCAUUUGGAAUGCUGUCAUUUCUGUCUGAUGCUAAUGUAAAAUGAUUAUUGGAAUAGCAACAAGUUGGCAGUUUGCGAAGAGCGUAGCAAUCAUUUGACAGUGACUGGAUUAUUGCACAGACAGUGUGGCGCACAGACAUGCGAAAAAGACCUAUGGCUUCCAAUGGCUAAUUUAGGACAAUUUAAAUGAAUAGUUUGUUUUUGAUAAAGAUGUUGGCCUUUGCCAUAAGUGCACAUCACAUUCCAAAUGUAGAGAUUUUUUGCAUUUCUAGUAUGAAUGUAAAAGAACAGAAAUAACAAGAUCACCCUAAAGCUGAAAGUUGAUAUGACAGGCUGAUCAACAAAAACAUUUUGUUAGAAAAUAAUUUUUCAUAAUUAAAAUCUAUUUUGUUACAUUUCGAUAUUGACUUUUGUUUCAUUCUCCGUUUUGAGUUAUUUCCAGAACUAAUGAAUAAAUCAAAUUGAUGUUGGAUGCAUUUGAUUUACAACCCUUUACACCCAGCCUACCCGAGCAAAAAGGGAAAAAGGAAGCAGGCAAUGAUGUCAGUGGUUACAUGGGGUUUACAGACCAUGAUGAACUUAGAGGGAAACUAUCUGUGAUUGUUUUUAUCAUGGGUUCAGUUAAAUAACAUAAUGGUUAACUGUAUAUAUUAGGAAAAUGUGGUUAGAAUUUCACAGGAAGUAAUGUGCCAUUGAGUAAUGGACUUCACAGCUCCUCACUUUUGAAGUUAAAAAGGAAUUAAGAUCUUGCCAUUUGACAGUUUGUUUCAUUUUAGCUUGUGAUUUUUAAAUUGGCUGUGAAAAACACUAGUUAUGUAGCUUUAAUUAAUUAUAAAUUCCCCUCCAUAUCAAUGGACAAUUCAAAAAAUAUUAUGCAACUUUUGCUGAAAUAAUUUUUAAUAAGAAUGUAUUUCUUUAAAGCUUGAGCAUCACUGUUAACAUAUAUUUUAUGAUUUUUUUAUUUAGUAAUACAAAUUUGUUAUUAUCUUCAAAAUGUUUCUCCUAUAAACUAGUUGGAAAUGUGUUUUUUUUUCAUCUAUAUGUGGCUGUUCAAGCAUCUUUAGAAAGUCACUUGUCUGUUAAAGCCAAACAGUAUUACACAUUUUUGCAGUGUCACAUGUAACCAGAUAUAAUAUUAUUCUGAUAAUCGUAUCCCUAUUUACAAAAUUAUAAAAAAAAUAAGUAAUAUAAGGGAAAAUUCUUUAUAUAUCUGCAAAUAAAAGAAAUUAAUCUGUACAUGAAAUAUAAAAUAUAUUGGUUUCAAAAUAUAACAUAAUUGUUUAUGUUAUUAUUUUAAAUUCAGAACAUAUGUUUAUUAGUCAACUGUGAAUAUAUUAAAAUGAUAUUGUACUGGAAUUUUCAAUUAUUUGUUCAAAACCAUAUGUUGCAUUGAAUGUUUAAAGAAAGGGAAUGUAUGUAUGAAAGUAUAUAGAUAACAUGUUUUGUCUAUAAUAGAAAUAUGAGGAUUAGACUUUCAAUGUUCCAUGAUGAUGAUGAUGUUUUUGUACACAAUAUUUGAAAAAAAAAGGAAAUAAACCAUUUAUUAUCAUUA